CUGUUACUACACUGUCCUGACCUAUGUGCUGCGGUCAUCAAUAUAAAAUCACCUCCAUCACUGCCCCAUCGACCCUCUUCUCUUUACAAGGCUGCUGCAUAAAAUUACCAAUAGAGUGGCUUUGUCAGCGGAGAUGUUGGCAGGUGCAAUAGUCCUGGGCACCAUUCUUACAUCUUUACCAGGGGUCCAGGGCAGGUGGAGUGUAUCUUUUUCUAGAAAAGAAAUCUGUGUUUGGGCAGGGACGACGGUCACUUUGCCCUGCCGCUUUGACUACCCAUCAGGCCACACCGUGAGAAGAGUGAUGUGGUUUCGAGUCUCAGCUGAAGCUCGGAGGGAGUUCGCUCAUCACAGUGACCCAAACGAGAUCAGCCUGUCAUAUCGGGGACGAACAAGAUACAUUGGUGGUAGUUACUCAAGCUGUUCUGUCCAGAUUCGAGGUGUAAGGUUGAGUGACGCAGGACAGUAUCAUUUCAGGUUUGAGACGAACCAGCCUCUGGGGAGAUGGACCUCCCCUGACACCAUCACGCUGGACGUUACAGACCUACAGGUCCAGGUGCAUCCAGCCCGGCCCAGGAACAUGUUUGCUUUUGGAGAGACAGUUUUCGUGGGUUGUCAGGCCACAGGGUGCGCUGCUCCAGGACGUAGCCUCGCUCUCUACAGAAAUGGGCUUAAUCUGGGCUCCUAUGAGAAAUGGAUGAUCAUUAACAGAUUCGAUAAGCCCCAUAGUGGAGCAUACACCUGUCGACCCAUCCCACCACAGAAUGUCCAGUCCCCACCAGUCUCCUUAGCUCUGGGAUAUGGUCCACGUUUCACAACUAUAUCAAUGUACCCGAUUGGAGAGGUGAUAGAAGGGACAUCUGUCACCCUGACCUGUAGCAGUGAUGCUUCCCCACCUGUGGAAAGCUUUGCCUGGUUCAAAGACAUGGACAGUGGCAGUAUCCCAGACAGUUUCAGACCUCAGCUUCUCCUGUCGAGUCUAAAAUACACAGACAGAGGAGAGUACUUCUGUGUGGCACGUAACUCCCUGGGAACAGACCGGUCAAGAUCUCUUCUCCUCAAUGUCACAUUCCCUCCUAAGAACACUUGUGUCGUGGUAUCUCCUCCUCGUGACAUCAGAGAAGGAUCCUAUGUGAACCUGAGCUGCAGCAGCCAAGCCAAUCCUCCUGCCAGCAGGUUUACAUGGUACCGAGUACGGGAAGACCAGGCCUUGGUACAGGGAAGUGUCCAAAAUCUGACUUUCCCCUCAGUUCGUGCUCAUAAUAGUGGACAGUACUACUGUACAGCAUGGAACCCAUUAGGACACCAGACAUCCUCAUUCACCACACUCACCAUCCUCUAUCCCCCUAAAAACACCUCAGUUUGGGCCCGUCCUUCCAGUGUGGUGGAUGCUGGACGACCCCUGACCUUAACCUGCAGCAGCCAGGCCAAUCCAGCAGUGGACAACUUCACCUGGCAUCGCUUACCUCUGGAGGGAAGCUCUGGGCAGUCAUGGGGCAUAAGGUCUGGUCCUGUCUUCACCUUCUCUGAGGUCAGUCCUGAAGCUAGUGGGCGGUACUACUGUGAGGCCAGGAACCGAAUCGGAGCCCACAGCUCUCCUGUUCUGACUGUGAGAGUAAGAGGUCGGCUAAAGGUCAUUGCCCUUGCCUCUGCUGUGGGUGUGUCUGCAGGGCUCAUCACACUUACUGUAGCUGUGAUGAUAAGUAAAAACAUGCACAGAGUGGACAUGGAGUCUGCAGAGGUUCCAACAAAGCGUGCAUCAGUCACAGCUGAAACUAUAUUUUAUGAGUCACCCCAACACCAAAAGAGAAGAGGCAGGAUGGACAAUAUUGUGGAAGAACCGGAGGACUUCAGUGACCGUUCACACCCGGACAUUGUCCCAUUGAAAGAUGCUCCACCGGUCACUAACGUUGAGGUCCCCUGCUGUGCGUCAGAUUACAUCACAGUCCAUUUUUCCAAAGCACCCAGUGCUGAACAGGUGCAUUUCACCAACCUGCCUCUAGGUGGAGACAGGAAACCACAGGCCUUUACAAAAGUCGUUUACUCCUCCCUGCCUCAGUUUCGCAACUGACUGCCAC